UGAAAAAAUAGCAAGCAAGCCGAAAAACCCACCUCUAGACACAGAUCUUGACAAGGUAAGGAAGGGGAUUUCUUUGAAAAGGAUGAAAUCGUUGCUCAUUCUUGCAGCAUGUGUGGCAAUCGCCUCGUGCCUUGAAGCGGAUGUUCUGAAAUGGAGAAGACAGAGACGAUCCCUUAGCUCUGGUAUUUUCUCAGGUUUAAUGGGACCCCGACCUCCACACCACCCCAGGAGGACAGAUACAGUAUCCACAUGUGGACAGAGGCCCCAGAAGGAAGUGAAGAUUGUUGGGGGCGAAGUCACAACCAUCGAGUUCCACCCAUGGAUCGCAUCCAUAUUCUGGAGAAGUCGAUUUUCGGAGAACGUAUUUCAGUGUGGAGGCAGCCUCAUCUCUCCCUGCUGGGUCCUCACUGCAGCCCACUGCUUCCCUGAUGGUCCACAAACAAAAAUUCGUCGUCUCUCCGUCUUUCUGGGAAAGAACGCCGUCAAUGAGACAGACCACCAGAGAGAACAGAGGUUCCGUGUAGAAGAACUCAUUAUUCAUGGUGGAUUUGACAACACAGAGGGAAGCUACAACAACGAUAUAGCACUGCUGAAGAUAAUUGGAAUGGGUGGACAGUGCGCAGAGGAGACAGCGUCAGUGAGGACAGUCUGCUUACCUCCAGCCCAUAGGAUGCUCCCUGCAGGGAUCCCCUGUGAAAUCGCAGGAUACGGGAAAGAGUGGGAGGGUAGCUGGCAUAACUCACAAUACCUGAGAGAGGCCAAGGUGAACCUCCUGUCCCAAAAGGUCUGCACAAGCAAGACCUACUAUGGAAAAAUGGUGACAGACAACAUGUUCUGUGCUGGCAGUCCUGGCUGGAAUAUAGACACGUGCAAGGGAGAUUCAGGGGGACCGUUGGUGUGCGAGGUGAACAACCGCCUGUUCCUCUUUGGAAUCGUUAGCUGGGGGGAAGGCUGCUCCCGGGAGUUUCGUCCCGGCGUCUAUACCAGAGUCACCAACUACAACCGCUGGAUUGCAGAAAAGACAGGCUUGACCUCCAUUACCUUAGGGUCCAUGUUUCCACACAAGUGACCCUCUCCUCACCAUUGACUACAGCAAAGAUGCAGCUGCAUGAGCAGAGUAGAGUACAACAGCUAAGAGCUCUCCUAAUACAUAUUGCAAACAUUGCACACAUCUAUUCUCAGGUUUUUAAGAACUAACACGCCACUAGUUAGACAAUGAUGUAAUAAUACCAAAGACAUGCUAAAGCUGUCCUUGUGGAGAAAUAGCCCACUUAUGAAAACAUGACAAAAAUAAACCCUUCACCUGUACUAGUACGCAGAAUUUCAUGAGGAUAUGAAAAUGAAAUAAUUUUGAUUGUAAAGCAUUACACUAACAAUGCAUUUGUA